CUUCCUCGGCGCCUCCCGCGGGCGCGGACGUGCGGACAGGCGGACAGACGGACAGACCGGCGGACAAGCGGGCAGACGGGCGGGUGGACCUGACGGGAGGGCGCGGGCGGCGCUCCCGGCUCUCGGCGGCAUCUCCGACCCAUGGCUAGCCCGGCCCCGCCCGCAGCCGACGAGCUCCCGGGCCCAGCCGCCAGGCGCCUCUACUCCAGGAUGGAAGCCUCAUGCCUGGAGCUGGCACUGGAGGGUGAGCGGCUGUGCAAGGCGGGUGACUUCAAGGCAGGUGUGGCCUUCUUCGAGGCUGCUGUGCAGGUGGGCACUGAAGACCUGAAGACACUGAGCGCUAUCUACAGCCAGCUGGGCAAUGCCUACUUCUACCUGAAGGAGUAUGCCCGUGCUCUACAGUUCCACAAACAUGACCUGCUGCUGGCACGAGCCAUUGGUGACCGCAUGGGGGAGGCCAAGGCCAGUGGGAACCUGGGCAACACUCUCAAGGUCUUGGGCCGAUUCGAUGAGGCCAUUGUCUGCUGCCAGCGUCACCUGGACAUUGCUCAGGAGCAGGGGGACAAGGUCGGAGAGGCGAGGGCGCUCUACAACAUUGGCAAUGUAUACCACGCCAAAGGCAAGCAGCUGUCCUGGACCACUGUGCAGGACCCUGGACACCUGCCACCUGACGUCCAUGAAACACUGCGCAGGGCUUCUGAGUUCUAUGAGAGGAACUUGUCCUUGGUGAAGGAGCUGGGUGACCGGGCGGCCCAGGGCCGGGCCUACGGCAACUUGGGCAACACACACUACCUGCUGGGAAACUUCACAGAGGCCACGACCUUCCACAAGGAGCGCCUAGCCAUUGCUAAGGAGUUCGGCGACAAGGCGGCGGAGAGAAGGGCCUACAGCAACCUGGGGAAUGCCCACAUCUUCCUGGGGCGCUUCGACGUGGCAGCUGAGUACUACAAGAAGACACUACAGCUGUCCCGGCAGCUGAGGGACCAGGCGGUGGAGGCGCAGGCCUGCUACAGCCUGGGCAACACCUACACGCUGCUCCAGGACUAUGAGCGUGCGGCUGAGUACCACCUGCGGCACCUGGUCAUCGCACAGGAGCUGGCUGACAGGGUGGGCGAGGGCCGGGCGUGCUGGAGUCUGGGGAAUGCCUACGUGUCUAUGGGGAGUCCAGCGCAGGCACUAACCUUUGCCAAGAAGCACCUGCAGAUCUCCCAGGAGAUCGGGGACCGGAGCGGGGAGCUCACAGCCCGCAUGAACGUUGCACAGUUGCAGCUGGCACUAGGCCGACUGACCAGCCCAGCAGCCGCAGAAAAACCUGACCUGGCCGGCUAUGAGGCCCAAGGAGCCAGACCCAAGAGGACACAGAGACUGAGCGCAGAGACCUGGGACCUGCUGAGGUUGCCCCUGGAGCGGGAGCAGAAUGGCGACACCCACCAUGCAGGGGACUGGCGGGGACCAGGCAGGGACUCGCUCCCCCUCCCUGUGAGGAGCAGGAAGUACCAGGAGGGGUCGGACACCACUGACAGGCGGCCCCGGGACGGUAGCCACUCCCGCUGGACAGUGCGGAUGUCCGGGUGCAAGUGCCUCGCACGAGCAUCCCCAGGGCCCCGUCUUCGGAUGAGGAGUGCUUCUUUGACCUGCUGAGCAAAUUCCAGAGCAGCCGCAUGGACGACCAGCGCUGUCCCCUGGAGGAGGGUCAGGCAGGGGCUGCUGAGGCCACGGCCGCCCCCACCCCAGAGGAGAGGGCCGCUCAGCCCUCGAUGACAGCCUCCCCCCAGACCGAGGAGUUCUUUGACCUCAUCGCCAGUUCCCAGAGCCGCAGGCUGGAUGACCAGCGGGCCAGCGUGGGCAGCCUGCCCGGGCUGCGUAUCACCCACAACAACGUGGGGCACCUCCGGGGCGACGGGGACCCCCAGGAGCCAGGAGAUGAAUUCUUCAACAUGCUUAUCAAGUACCAGUCCUCCAGGAUUGAUGACCAGCGCUGUCCACCACCAGACGUUCUGCCCCGAGGCCCCACUAUGCCAGAUGAGGACUUCUUCAGCCUUAUCCAGAGGGUGCAAGCCAAGCGAAUGGAUGAACAGCGUGUGGACCUUGCUGGCAGCCCAGAACAGGAAGCCAGUGGGCCUCCUGAUCCCCAGCAGCAGUGCCAGCCUGGCACCAGCUAA